GAAUGGAUAGUGUAGAUUGACUUGCUUGUGCCAAAAACUGAAACCAAUUACUUUGUUUGGUUAGUUUGUCAGCUUUCCUUGUGAGAAGAUGGUGUGUUGGCUUACUGUUACCAGCAGUAGCAAGUGAUGGGGUGUGUGUGUGUCUGUGCACUUGUCACUGACUUCGUGGAAUUAAAAAUUUACCACCAUCUUUCCAUAAUGCUGAAAAGUUUGUUUGUGCCGCUGGGUUUGUUCAGUAGCUGGGCUGUGUUAGCUGUAGCUAGCGUGCUGUUUUCUUUGAUGGCAACAGCAGCUAGUUCGACGACCGGUGCACUUCGUGAUAUGUCCUAUUCGUCUUUCAAGGCGGUAUGCACGGGUAUUCCAGGCUGUGUGGAUCCUCGCUCAGUGAGUGUGUUUUUCAGCGAUCGAUGCUUUCCGCCAGUUGCUCAACGAUCGAGACACCACCAGUCUCUGUCGCAGAUCGGUAGAUGUUGCGUUGAGAACGGCACUUCUGUGAUUGGAAUGGACUUGAAUGGCUGCUCCGCUACGGUGAAUGCUGAUCAGCAGCAAUGGCUGCGAAUACCACAAACCGUGCAGUGGAUAGACGUGUCCAACACUACCAAUGGAAUCACUUUCGGUGGUAACUUUACUGCUGAGUCCAAUGUACCGGCUGAGUUUCUACUACUAAAAGGUCUUGCCUCACUUGAAUACCUGGUAUUGCCCGCUGAUACCCAAUGCCCUGGACCGAAUGGAACAUGGAAACAGGUGAUCGACAACAGCACAGUUACUGUCUGUAGUGAACCAGUAUCAGCCUGUUCUCUACAAGGAGCUCUAGUGUACCUUGGGAACCAGUCACAAUGCUCCGCAACCUCAGACUGUGUACCAAACGGACCUGGAUUUCGUAGGUGUGAAUGCCGGCCAGGCUAUCGGGGAUACCAGUGUCUUAGAAAGGGUCACUUCUCGUACGGGAAUUUCUUUGCGGCAAUCAUCGCCACGGUAUUGGCAAUAAUCGCUGUGCCUCUGCUGGACAGACUGCGUUGGAUGUGGAGAAACAAGUGUGUAGGUCAAGGAAGGGCAUUGCAAUAUCCCUAUCACCAAGUUAUGGAUAACAGCCUGUGUGACGAUGAUAACCAAGAUACUGACAAUUCUACCGGCAGCCAAGAAACCGAGAUCUAGACCAGUGCCGCAGUGUGAGCAGCUAGUGUGGACAUCAUGGAUCCUGCACUUGAACAAACCGCAGAGAUCAAUGGGUAUGUUACCAUGGUUACUGUGACAGGGACCGACAGCAUAGUCUACAGCACGAUUAUGGUUUUCUACCGUCGUCGCAUGCACUGUACAUGUACUCCCGAUCCUGGUCAUGUUGACACAGGGUAGUGAGCAAGUCUGUGGAUCACCAGCUACAAGGUACACUGCAAACUCUCCGGCUUCACAUUGGGCUAGGCAGUGACUGUACUGAAAUCACUAGCAGGCCGUCCAGGUUUGACUUGUGUGGCAGUCAGUUCUCCUCGCUCUUGUAGAAAACAGCAGCUGGUUCUCGUGCACGUGGCAGAACUGCAUUGUGCACUCUGAGACUACGGCGUACGGCAAUUAUCUCUCAGCUCAUGCCCAGCGCAGUCAUUACAAAGUAUUUAUUUGUGAUUCCAGCAACUUCUUGGAAAAACGUGCAUGCGCAGCACGGGUAGAACUACCACAAUUAUUUAUUUUUUAUAAUAGCUGAGCUAUGACCAAUCCUCUUAUUAUAUAAAUCAUGGAGUUACAUUUUUUUAAUAGUGGUCAACAUCAUUCUACGCAUGCAGCAUCAGCGUCCAGUCGACAUGUACCUGCUCUCACUGCUUGCUUCGCAAGAUUACAGCUGCUUUCAAAGUAUAGUCAUUAGAUGCACUCGCUACUUUCUUGCAUCUUUCUCACACCUCCAAGUCCAGGAUUUAUUAUAAAUACAUGUAGCAGCUAUUUAUUUCUCCUUUUCAGUCAAACAGGGGACAGAAAGGUACGAGAUUGUAACUCAGUUUCAUGCAUCACAGUGCAAUCAUCAGACCUAUUAAUUUUCUCCAUUUCAAAAGACAGAAUAACGAAACACAGUCAGCACCAUUCCUUUUAAAAUUGAUUGCAUGCAGGAGCUCAA